AUGUUAACAUCAAACAUAGAAAGUGCAACAUAUUCCACAGAUACAACAUCACAGGGACUGUUGGAUGGAAUAAACAGAAGGACUACAGGAUUUGGGGUUGCCGCGGAGGCUAUUGACCUGAUUGAUCCUAUGCCUGCAUCAAAUCCCUACACCACACUAAAAGCAGCAAUUAUUAAACGGACAGCCACCUCGGACGAAGCGAAUCUGCAAAAAUUGCUUGCAGGGGUCGAACUGGGCGAUCGCACACCUUCGCAACUGCUACGACACAUGCAAAGCCUCGCAUGCGGUAAGUCAUUUUACGACGCAAUUUUAAAGCAGUUGUGGCUGCAGUGUCUCCCCGUAAGCACUCGCCAAAUUCUGGCUACCCGGUCAGAUGUCCCUCUGUCGUCACUCGCUGAGACGGCAGAUAAGAUCCACGAAUGCUUCGCCGACCGUUUGAUAGCCUCAACCUUACAACAGCCCAUUCGGCCUAACGGCAACCCCGUUAUGGCACGUCUCGAUCGAAUGCAGGCGCAAAUUGAUCAACUGGUGGCCACGGUAAACAAGCUAGUCACCACAGCGGCGCGGACUAACACGUCACGCAAGUCCCGAUCGGUUUCACGUAAACCGACCUCUCCAUCUCGGAAUCCCAACCGAUUUUGCUAUUACCACACAAAAUUCAAAGACAAGGCUCUACGUUGCACACCUCCAUGUGCUUACGUCUCCCCUGACCAGGGGAACUCACUGGCCAGUCAGUAG